AUGUCCGCUCAUCAGGCAACGAAUGCGGUUAAUGGCACCAAUGGGACUACGACGGUGAAUGGGUCCACAACCAAGGAUACAAAGAUGGUUAGUGGUGCAAAAGAGAAGAAGCCAAAUAUUUUUCGAAGGAUAAUUCGAAGACCCAAGAAGACCAAUCUAAAAGCCGCAGGCACAAUCGUUGCAACACCUGCCGAAAUCAAUGAAGCGACAGCAAAAUUGUUUGCGAGGCUCGAGGAGAGGUAUGCGGAUAGCUUUCGCGCUCAAGGGUUCGAAGUAGAUAGACCAUUCAUACCACGCAAAUUUGAGACACAACGAGCACUUUAUCAAUGGGCACUUCCGGGAACCACAACCCCUUCAUACCCACCUCACCUGAAAUGGAUACCUCUUGAUGAUCGGGUAGGACUACUCAAAAUCUUCAACCUCAAACGAUUUAUCGAUGUUUCUGUGUCGCUUCUCCCCAAAAUUCCACCAGAGAUCUCAAAUCUUCUAUUUGGAGAUCCUUAUAAUGGAACCACAAUGGUAAUGUUAGAAGAAAGAAUGAAAGCUUUGCAAGUAGAAGAGAAGAACAUUGGAACUGAACCAAGUAUUGGCUACCGUAAGGAUUGGUACAGUGAUGCAGUGUUCGCUCAACAAUAUUUUACUGGUCCUAAUCCUUCAUCUGUUGCUCUGGCUGGACAAAUCUGGCUCGAUAGGUUCAAGAAAUCUGCUUUCGACCAAGGCAAUAAAGAAAUGCACAGCCUCCUAGAGACAUUCAAUUCAGAAUCCUUCUAUAUACAAGAUUGUAGUUUUUUCCGCGAAUGGGCCGGCGCUUCCCCCGACGCUGUUCUCAAAUCUGACAACGGUAAAAGAUAUGGUUGUGCCUCCGUAACAUUGUUUCAUCUCAAUGCAGACGGCGAUCUUCAUCCCUUAGCCAUUGUCUUGGACUACAAAGUCAGUAUAGAACAUUCGGUCACGAUAUUCAACAAGAGAAUUAAUCCGAAGGAUCCAAAAGAAAACGAGCAUGAGGAUUGGCCAUGGAGAUACGCUAAAAUGUGUAGUUUGGUUUCUGAUUGGACUCAUCAUGAGGUGACAUUACAUCUCAAUGAUUGUCAUUUUGUGGCGGAGGCCAGUGCUGUGGCUGCUUAUAGAAGCUUUCCCAGUGAUCACAUCGUUCACAAAAUCUUGGAACCCCAUUGGUUCAAAACUCUUCCUCUGAACGCCGCCGCCCGUGAAACUCUUGUGCCACAGGUUGUCACCAGGAUCAACGGCUUCACUGAACAGCAGACCUACGAAUUCCUCCUCAGCUCUUACAAAAACUUCAACUGGACUGGAAACUACGUUCCAACUUCUCUGAUUACCCGUGGCUUCCCUCUAUCAGCCCUCAAUGACAAGAAAGAUCGCCGAUUUCACAACUACGCAUACGGGAAAAACAUGGCUAUCUUGUGGCCCAUUCUGUUUGACUUUGUUUCUUCUAUGCUUUCCACAUAUUACACGGGUGACGCCGACGUCGCAAAAGACACAUGUGUAUCAACUUGGUGUAAUGAGAUGCAAUCUCCAAUGGGUGGUCAGAUGUCUACUUUCCCUGGCAUCAAAACUCUCAACGAACUGACAAAUGCGAUAACCAUGUGUAUCCACAUCGCCUCACCCCAGCAUAACGCUGUCAACUACCUCCAGAAUUACUACAUGUCUUUCAUACCCAACAAACCACCCUCUCUUCAACAACCCCUUCCUGGAAGUCUCGGUGCUCUUCAAAGAUACAGAGAGGCUGAUGUCAUCAAUGCUCUCCCCAUAAAUGAUCCAUCACUCUGGAUCCAAGCAUCGCAACUCCCCUACCUACUCAGCUACAGAGUCGCAGAAGAUCAAACACUAUCCACUUAUGCCAGAGAACUGAGAGACGCCGCAAUUAAUCCGCGAGGGAGAUUUGCAGGGCCAGGUGAUACAGGAAGAAGAACAGAUGAGGUAAGAAAGGCAGCCGAGAAGUUGUUACUUGACCUCGACGUCGCGGCUAGAAAGUUCAAGGAGAAUAGUGAGGCGAUGAGUGAAGGGAUUGCUCCGUAUUAUGUUAUGGAUCCUGGAGAAUUGGCUGUUAGUGUGCUGAUAUGA